CUCAUAAUCCUGCCAUUUCUGCCAGUCGAUCUCACAGGAGAAGCAGCACAAAGGAGCACUCACACAGAUCUUUAAUAAUGGAGAAGGACUACAGACCACCGCCUUACUCUUCUCCUCAGAUGGAUCAGACGCAGAUUAACUACCCUGUACAGCCGGCACCGUAUCCACCUCCUGCAGGUCCUCAAGCAGCCCCUUAUCAACCCCCUCCAUAUGGACCCCCAUACACCAGCCAGCCCAUGCCAAUCCCUGUUCAACAGAUGCCGCUGACGAGUCUCACGGACGUGCCGGGCCGCAUUACCUGCCCUCACUGCCUUACUGAAGUGAUCACAGAGACUGAACACGUCAGCGGUUUGAUGGCCUGGUUAAUCUGUGGAACCCUUGCGCUCUUUGUAUGCUGGUUAUGCUGUUGCAUCCCCUUCUGCCUGGACGCAUGCAAAGAUGUAAAGCACACCUGUCCCAACUGCAGAAACAUCAUUCGCAUCUACAAGCGAAUUCAGUGAAGAGGGAUUGAACAAAAUCUAUUCAUUUACCUGUCAAUGCACUGCAAUAUAUGCACCAUUUGUUCUACACUCCACCAAGGAGAUUGAGUUGAGCUUUGUGAAGUCCUGUAAAACAGAUUGAUUUCAUUAAUUAAUCAGAGACUCAGAUGUGGAGAACAACCGUUUAUACUAAUUUUAUUUAUAAUAAACUCGUAUGAAAUAAA